UCUAUUCUGUGGUGUUGUCAAAAAUGGAUAGCAGUGGUGGGAUGGGGAUCAAAAAUAUUCCUACAUCUCGUUAUCACCAAUUAUCCCACAGUAUUUCUUUCUCAUAAUCAAUGUUCACAAUAUUAUCUUUUCAACAUGGCGACUUCAGUAGAAAUUCCUUUAAGAGAUACUGACGAAGUGAUAGAAUUACAAUUUGAUCAGUUACCAGAAGGCGAUGAAGUUUUGAAUAUAUUAAAACAAGAAAAUGCUCAGUUGAAAAUAUGGAAUGUUCUUGCAAUCCAGUAUUUCAAAGAAGGCAGAACAAGUGAUUUUGUUCAGUUGUUGGAAGCAGCUAAGACAGAAGGAAACAUCAAUUACACAAACAGUGAUCGUGACAGAAUGAUAUGUUUGGACAUGCAUAUUAUGCAUAUUAAGAAAAAAAGAAAAAAUAAAGAAAAGAAGAAGGAAAUGUUUACUAAGGCAACACAACUUUUCACUUCUGCUGACAAAAUUAUUAUGUAUGAUCAGAAACAUCUUCUUGGUCGGGCAUAUUUUUGUUUGUUAGAAGGAGAUAAAAUAGAUCAAGCUGACGCACAGUUUAAUUUUGUUUUAGCUCAGUCUGGCAACAAUAUUCCAGCGUUGUUGGGAAAGGCUUGUAUUUCGUUUAAUAAAAAAGAUUAUAAAGGAGCGUUAGCAUAUUAUAAAAAAGCGUUGAGAACAAAUUCUAACUGUCCAGCUGCUGUCCGUCUUGGUAUGGGUCAUUGUUUUGCAAAACUUGGAAAACAUGAAACAAAGCUUGCAUUUGAAAGAGCCUUACAACUCGAUCCAUAUUGUACUGGAGCGAUGGUUGGUCUUGCUAUUAUGGAACUGAGCUCAAAAAAACCUGAUGCCAUCAAAACUGGUGUUCAAUUGCUUUCUAAAGCCUACUCAAUUGACAACUCCAAUCCAAUGGUUUUGAAUCACUUGUCAAACCAUUUCUUUUUUAAAAAGGAUUACACAAAAGUUCAGCAUCUUGCUUUACAUGCUUUUCAUGGUACUGAGGUUGAGUCAAUGCAAGCAGAAAGCUGUUAUCAAAUGGCAAGAGCUUUUCAUUCUCAGAACGACUACGAUCAGGCUUUUCAAUAUUAUUACCAAGCCACACAGUUUGCUUCUGCUGGAUUUAUCUUGCCAUAUUUUGGACUAGGACAAAUGUACAUAGCUCGUGGGGAUAGAAACAACGCUGCGCAAUGUUUUGAAAAAGUUUUAAAAAUGAUGCCUGGUAACUAUGAAACCAUGAAAAUCUUGGGCUCCCUCUACAGUAGCUCUGAUGACAUGGAAAAGAAGGAGACGGCAAAAAGUCAUUUGAAAAAAGUAACUGAACAAUACCCGGAUGAUGUUGAAGCUUGGAUAGAAUUGGCUGGAAGUCUUGAACAGACCGAUGUACAAUCAGCAUUGUCUGCUUAUGGUACGGCUUCCCGUUUACUUAAAGAAAAGGUUGGAGCUGAUGUUCCCCCGGAAAUUUUAAAUAAUGUUGGUGCAUUACAUUUUCGAUUGGGAAAUCUUAACGAAGCUAAGAAAUUUUACGAAGCAUCAUUGAAACGAGCAAAAACUGAAGGCGAUAAUGAUGAAAGUUAUUACAAUGCAAUAUCAGUAACGACAAAUUACAAUCUAGCAAGAUUGCAUGAAGCAACUUCAGAAUUUGAUCUUGCCGAUAAAUUAUACAAAAAUAUUCUUCGAGAACAUCCGAACUAUGUUGAAUGUUACCUCCGUUUGGGUUGCAUGGCACGAGAUCGAGGUCAGAUUUAUGAAGCGUCUGAUUGGUUCAAAGAAGCAUUGCAGAUCAAUCAAGAUCACCCUGACGCUUGGUCCCUGAUUGGCAAUCUUCAUCUUGCUAAACAAGAAUGGGGACCUGGACAAAAAAAGUUUGAAAGAAUCUUGAAACAGGCUUGCACAGAAAAAGAUUCGUAUUCCUUGCUUGCUCUUGGUAAUGUGUGGUUGCAAACGUUACAUCAACCUACAAAAGAUAAGUCAAAAGAAAAACGCCAUCAAGAUAGAGCACUCUCCUUGUAUAAAGAAGUUUUACGACAAGAUGCCAGAAACCUUUAUGCUGCUAACGGAAUAGGUUGUAUUUUAGCUCAUAAAGGAUUUCAAAGAGAAGCCAGAGAUAUUUUUUCGCAGGUUCGUGAAGCUACUGCUGAUGUAGGUGAUGUUUGGUUGAAUCUCGCUCAUAGUUAUGUGGAACAAAAACAAUACGUGGCUGCUAUACAGAUGUACGAUAACUGUCUAAAGAAAUUUUAUCGUCAUCAUAAUGUUGAAGUGUUGUCAUAUUUAGCAAGAGCUUAUUAUUUAAGUGGAAAACUUCAUCAAUGUCGUCAUGUUCUCAUCAAGGCUCGACAUAUUGCUCCCAAUGAUACCGUUUUGCUGUUUAAUGCGUCACUUGUGCAACAAAAACUGGCUACAGUGAUUUUAAAAGCCGAGAAAAGUUCAUUGAAAGUUGUUUUAUCUGCUGUUGGUGAACUUGAAAAUGCUCAAAGGUCUUUUCAAUGGUUAAGUCAUCACGGUGAUCGUAUGAAGUAUGAUCUCGCUUGGGCUCAAAGCGAGGCUAGGCAAUGUCAGGAUUUUUUAAGUCAGGCGCAGUAUCACGUUAUGAGAGCGAGAAAAAUUGACGAAGAACAACAAGAAAUAAGGCGUAAACAAGAGGAAGAAAAGGAAUUAUUGAGGAAAAAAAAAGGAAGAAGAAGGGCGCCUAAAGAAAGAAGAAAAUGAAAAACAACAAAAGGAAAUGCUUGAAAAACGAGCGAAUUUCCGUGAGGCUACAAAAAAUUUGUUGGUGUUUAUGCAAGAAGAUAUCGAAGAGAAAAAACCAAAGAAAAAAAAAGGAAGGGAAACUGGUGAAAUUUAUUCAAGUGGAAGUGCUAGUGAGACAGAACAUGUCACAAAGAAAGAAACAAAGAAAAAG